GCCCCGUGACGCCUCCACUCCUUGUGUGAGGAGUCUCCAGGCCGCUGUGACAGAACCUCCUUCCCUUUCACUGUCUGCUUCCGACGGACACCGGCAACGAGCUGCGUACGCUUUAUUCAGAGUCGUCACUGGCUACUUGUUAUCUGGCCACAUAUCCCCGAGCAUGGCGGCGAGUGCGAAACGUAAGCAAGAGGAGAAGCACCUGAAGAUGCUGAGAGAAAUGACGAGUUUGCCUCACAACAGAAAGUGCUUCGACUGCGACCAGCGCGGCCCAACCUACGCCAACAUGACCGUGGGCUCCUUCGUGUGCACCUCCUGCUCCGGUAUCCUGCGUGGAUUAAACCCUCCAAACAGAGUCAAGUCCAUUUCGAUGACAACAUUCUCACAACAGGAAAUUGAGUUCCUACAGAAACAUGGCAAUGAGGUUUGCAAGCACAUUUGGCUCGGCCUUUAUAAUGAAAAAUCGACCUCAGUGCCAGACUUUAGAGAACCACAGAAAGUAAAGGAGUUUUUACAAGAUAAAUACGAAAAGAAAAGAUGGUACGUACCUCCAGAUCAGGCCAAGGUAGCAUCAGUCCAUGCUUCUAUUUCUGGCUCCUCAAAUAGCAGCACCAGCAGCACACCUGAAGUGAGACCCCUUAAAACUUUGCUCGGAGAUUCUGCCCCCUCCCUACAUCUGAACCGGAAUACACCACCCAAUCAGUCCCCUGUGGGGAGUCGUGGACAAAGCCAUCCUCAGCAGUUUCACGAUAAGAAGUUUGACCUCCUUAGUGACCUCGGAGGAGACAUUUUUGCUCCACCGCCUAACGUGAACCCAGGAACCAACUCGAGCUUUGCCAACUUUGCUCAUUUUAACAAUCACACAAUGGGAUCAAAUGCAAGUGCACAUGCAGAUUUUGCUAAUUUUGAUGCAUUUGGAUCCUCAUCUGCUUCAUCAGGUGGUUUCCAAUCAGCACCCAAGGCCCCUUUUCAAGCUUCAAAUACAGGAGGUAGUAUUCCAGUCGGCCCAGGCUCAGUAGGCGUAGGUGGGUUGUCUCAGAAGCAGAAAGCAGCAGGCGAUCGCUAUGCAGCUCUAGCGGAACUUGACAAUGUGUUUGGCCCGUCUGUACCUGCCGCCAGCGUAUACAAUGCCGCCAACACCUCCCAAAGCAGCAGUCCAUUUGGCUCAGAAUCAGGAACGUCUACAACACAAGCACAACAGGCCGUGCCAAGCGUGGCUCAAGGAUUUGGGGGCCAAUCAACUAAUCCAUUUGUAGCUCCUGUCGCAGCUACCAAUCCAUUCCAGAGCAGCAGCAGAGCAGCCAAUGUGGCAGCAGCAGCAACAUUCGGCACAGGGUCGAUGAGUAUGCCCUCUGGAUUUGGAAAUGCUGCAGCCUACAACCUGCCGACAAGCUUUAGUGGAACUUUCCAACAGCAGUUUCCUGGCCAGACACCAUUUCCACAGCCUCCAGCUUUCCCGCAGCAGCCAAAUGGUGGGAGCUUUUCUGCUUUUGGGCAGGCCAAACCUGUCGUGACUCCAUUUGGGCAGGUGAUGGCCGGACCCAUGGUUUCUAGCAAUCCUUUCGUGGGCGCAGGACCACCCCCUCAGUAUCCAGCCGCAGGCUCUUCCACAAACCCAUUCUUAUAGCAAGCCAUCCAGUCAGCUUCUUCAAUACAGGGUCUUCAACUGGCGCGCUUGCACCUCUUGCACUGUUUUGUCUCACCAGUAGCUUUAAAAAAAAACCCACAAUGUUUGUAAGGAUUUGUAUUUUUCCUAUCACGGUUUGUCACAAGCAACAUUGAAUGAGGGUUGUGACAGCAUGUGCAGAGGGAGAGGUUGAUCCCCUCUUCUCUUUCAAAUCUGUGAACUGACUUACUCUGAGCCUAUUGUUGGAUGAAACAGCUGGAAACGUAAGUUAUUUGGGAACAGUAUAUUCUAUUCAAAAUGCUGCAAUGCUGUAUAUAUUUAUCUUUAAGGACAUCUGCUCUUGUUCAUAUCGGUAUUUGUAUCACGCUCACAAGAUUUUUAAGGACAAAUGAGUCAUUUGGAAAACAUACCUGGUACUGCUGGUAACUGCAUUUGUUGAGAACUGUUUAUUAGUGACAAUUUUACAUAAAAUGUUCUGUUAGCAAGAAUGCACGUUUUAUUGGCGGCAGUAGGGGACUUGGUCGCCAUCCGUCUCGCUGAUGUUCAAGGAUGAACUGGAAUCAACAAUUCAACAGGUUCGACUGAAUUUUCAAUGCAGUGUACAUAUUUAUUGUAAACAUAUUAAAAUGAAUUUUAAUUAAGAAAUGACAAAACCACUUUGGCAGGUCACACCGUCGCUCUGAAUCAUUUGAAAAUAUCUUCGUGGUUGCAAUCGAUGUUUCUUUUACAGUCUGUGUUCCUGGAUGGGGCUUUGAUUUUUGUCUGGAGGAAUGUCUUCUCUAUUGUGUCUUCGUGCUUUCCAAAGAGUCAACACGCCACUCAGUGAAAACACCACAGCAAUGAUUGCAAAGUAGCUGGAGUAAAUGGUGAACUGCGAAGUCAACACCUGAUGGUUAGUUUCUGAUUACAGUUAUAGCUUGGAUCUCUUUAAGAUGUUUAUACUGCAUGACUUCUUCAGCACUCACCUGAGAAAUGAUGUCGAGACCCAACCCUCUUUGAUCCACAACAACAGAAGUGAGGAUGGUCUGUAGAACCAAAGCUCCGAAGGUGUUGGCACCAAACACCAGUGCAUAUCUGUCCAUUGUCAGAUCCGUUGCAAUCUGGUACCUUUUGAAAAUUCAAGUUCAGUGUUGUGCAGGACAUUGCAGCCAGUAUUGCUCAGUUGAUGGCGCUUAUGGUUUGAGACUGAUGUGAAGUUUCAUUAAAAUGGUUGUUGUGUAGUGCCAUCUAGUGGGCACCCGGAAUGAGGACACUGUUUCGGGAAGCCUCAUCAGCAAGUGAUGGGUUCAUGAGGCUUCAUGAAACAGUGACCUCGUAUUGGUAACUCAGUGGCUGGUGUUGGUUCAAACCUAUAUAUUCUAGAGCAGAGAGUGCCAUCUAGUGGGCUCUGCGUAUGAGGACAAGCCCAUCACCACUCAUUGACAAAAAUGUUAUGUCCACUCAGGUGGUCUUGGUAGGUUAAAGAUGAGCGAAUAAGAUGAGCGGUUAAAGAUAAGCCUCUUAAUAAAAUGUUCAAGCUACCGAAGUGGACGUUAGAAGUUGUGUAGUAUGUGUCACUUGUGUUGAGUCAGCACACACUGACAUCAUGUGCCCACGUGCAACCUGUUUUACUGGCUGACUGUAGUCUGAGAGAAGUUCCAAGGAUGGAGGCCAUUUCUAGAAUAUUGAGUAUUAAAGUGGCGUGAUCAUUGUCAGACCUAACUCCAAGGCCGACACACGUUGAUCAAGCCUGCUAGAUUGUUCAACUUCCGUCCUUUGAACUCCUCAUGAGGCAGAUUAUUCAGGUGUGAAUCCGAUAUAGUGAAAAACGUACAUGGCGAUUGUUAUCAGCAGCAUGUACAGGCACUUGAAAACGGCAUAGCCUGUGUAGCAGACCCAGAUGUUCCCUAUGAAGGUCAUCAGGAAGAGCACGACGGCUGCCAGCCCAGAAAAGCCUCCAAGAGCCAGCUCGCCCCACAGCUCCCAUCUGACUUGAGUGAAACCAAUGCCAUAGGCUGUUGCCGCGCCUGAAAACAGUGAUGUCAUUCCCUUUCUGCUGGUCAGAGGUCGGAAAAUGAGAACUUUAUUUUUUUUACUUUAUUGCCCCGUCAUUAACCAAGUUUUGAUUCUUCUCAAAGGAAAAAAGAAGGAAAUAUAUUGCAGAAAGACUCAUGAAGGCUUUGCACCUACUUAACAAGCUGGACACUGCUUCCACGCCGCCGUUGUAGAUGCUUAGAUUUUGUGACGGCUGCUGAUGUUCCCACAGCACCUGGAGGAGAGAACUCAUUGUUGUCGAUGCAUAACUUCAGAUUGGAGCAAUAGAGAUGAACGCUAAUGGAAUAGCCUUUAAAUAAAUUUAAAAUAGCCGUUUCAACUGUUAUGGUGAGUUUGAAAUGGGCUCAUAGUGUCGAUAUGGCAGUCAAAUGUCCCACCUGUAUGUAGUUCACAGUCUGGUUGUAUCCGCAGGUGGCCAUGGCCCACCACACCGACCAGUAGAGCAGCCGCCUCGAUGAGUAGCAUUGUAAGAAGUCUCUCCACAGCAUUAGCAACACUCGACCACAACUUAACUUGUCUUUAGAAUUCUCGCUCACGUCCUCCUUUUCUUCCUCCUCUUGCUGCUCUUUCUUGGGGUGGAAAAACAUACUCUGCUCUGGCAUUGGACAUCAGUGUGAAGCUGAUGAGCAGCUGGCCCAGCACGGAGCCCACCGUGUAUGCCAGCAGCUGGACCCCACGGCAGUAGGAGGUGGCCUUCCUGUAGUUCUUCACAUCAAUCAUGCUGUUAUGGAGCAGAUGUAGGAGAAGUAGGCUACCUCGCUGGCUGUCACCACUCCGUAGAAGAACUGGACCACUUGCAUGGCAGGAACAGUUGUGGUCCAUCGCAAUAGUGCUGUGGUGAUGAAGACUGUCACACCCUGGAAGACCACUACGGGCUUGUAACGCAGCCAGUCGGUAAGCAGGAAGACCGGCACCAGCACAGAGAGGUAGGAGUACGUCCACACAGGGUAAAUCUCAUUAGUGGCCUGUAAAUAAGCAGCAUUUUACUGUAUGUGUUCAAUAUGAGAUAUAUUUGAUAUUAAGAUUUUUUUUGUCCAUGACACAUAAAGGUUUAACCACAUCUCAGGUCUAAUGUAAUGUAUUGGUUUUAGUGCCAUGAUUUUGAAGGACCCAUAUUUUGUCCUGCGUGUUCAAUAUAAUGACAUUGUUUAAGACACAACAAAGCAUAAAACCUCACACAGGCACAAGUUUACUAGUGCUUGGAAAAAAUAUGGAAAAGUGGGGGGAAAAAAGGGCAGAAAUUCCAAGAGUUGUUGUUCUUCACUCGACUUUUUUUUCAAUCUCUAUAUGACGAAGAAGGAAUAUUGACUUGAUUUAUGUGCAAUGUAACAACGACGCCAUGUUAUGGCAUAGUUAUUGAAAUGGCAUCUAAAUUGUCAUGUAAAGCAUUUACAAUGUUGAUGUUGGUUGAAAUGAAUAUUCACUCAUGCAAUGAGCUCAAUCCGACGGCAGGUGGCGGUAGCAUCACUGAGCUUCGAUGACAGACGGAGGAGACCUUGACCAUAGAAUAGAAUACAAUAGAAAAGCCUUUAUUGUCCUUGUACAGUGUACGAGAUUUGAGCGCUACCCCCUCGGUGCAAACAAUGUAAAAAGAAUAUAUCAAAAACUAAUCUAGCAAAGCAGAAACCAACAAGUAGGUACUAAUAAAUAAUAUUUACUCACACUGGUAAACUCCAUAGUGACCUGAGAGCAUCACCUUUGUGACUUGAUGGUAUGCACAAGUUUUGUAUCUCACCAAUAACACUGCUUUACCUGUUCUGUCGUCAAGUUCUUGUCCGGACCCGUCAUGUAUGGAAGUAGAAAGGGCUCAAUGGGCUUCACUGAGGUGAAAAAUCCAUAGGUGCACAGCAGAAAAGUGGGAUACUUCCAGUCCGACCUCCACUUAGUUCCUCUCUGCAUGAUUGCGUGUUGUGUCCAGGUGCGCUCGCCCUGUGGGCUUUUGUAGAGUCCUUUUUGGUUGUCAAUUAACAACCAGGUCAAAGAGCAACUGGCUGAUGACACAGCUCUAUUCACACGUGUCUCCAUCGAAAACAGUGAUAAUGAUAUCGUUCCUAAACACUUAAGCAGUCAAUUAUUUAUUAAAGUCUGUUUCCAGUGUUCUAUCUCGGUAUACUGCAUUAAAGACUGCAUGGUUUAAUGUUGAUGUAACAAAAUAAAGUGUACCGCACAGUUCACAUUUGUGCCUCCACAACAGUCAACAACAACCAACCACCAAUACAGUCGCAUCAGUUAAAAUAUUGAUUUCCUUUACAGCAAAGGACAAAUAAAACAAGUACAUGCUGUUACUCCAGUCUUCAUUAUAAUUCAAUUGUUUUUUUUUUUUGUUUUUUUUAGAAAUAUUUUUUAACGUUGAAAAAAUGUAAUAUUUUGGCAUUUUGAAGGCCUUGACUCAGGACCAAUUUUUUGGAAUCGCCAGAAUUCGACUUUCUUCGAUUUUCCUGGCGUUCACAGGGUCCAACAAGUUGUUUUUAAGUUUUUGUUUCGUGUAAUUUUGCGUCAGGU